GGCUCAGUGAAGGAGGAAGGCUCUCAAGAGCCUCCACCGACGACGGCGCCCGGCCAAUGGAACGUUCAGUAGGUUGCAAGGUCUACAUUCGUCGCAAAAACCCUGACGGAGAAGAGGAAGAACGCCUUGCCGAGAUCCUUUCCAUCCGCGACAAGCCACAGAACGCCUACUCCUCUCGUCUGAAAGGCGGUGUCAAGCAAGAGGAGCACUUAGCGCCUGAGGACAGAAUCGAGUUCUUCGUCCACUGGGACCAGUUCAACAAGCGACUCGACGAAUGGGUCUCCGCUUCACGCGUUGUGCUCACGAAACCACUUGAAUGGCCGCGCCCCAAGGGCACUCCGAACAAGAAGAAUGCUAGUCCUAGGCCAGGGAAGGCACCGGGCAAGGUCCCCAAGUCGCAGUCGCUUUUGAAGAAGGCGGCCACCGCCAGUGCGAUGCAGAUACUCAAGCAGGAUAUAGAAACCCCUGCACCAUCUACCCCGGGUUCCCGGAGGACGAGCGCGUCACCGACACCGAGCUCGUUAAAGCGCAAAGCGCCACACGACGAGGAGGAGGAAGAGGACGAGGAUUUGGAUGCCGAUGGAGAUGCCGAUGGAGAUGCCGAUGCAGACGGAGACGUGGACAUGGAGGUGGAUGGAGAGACGCAAGAGUUUGACUUCCAUCCCGAAGAGACGCCAGAGCCUCCCCCGCCAGUUGCUGCCUUCAGCAAGGAGCAGGAGAUCGAGAAACUUCGUACCUCGGGCUCGAUGACGCAGAGCAUAUCCGAAAUUGCUCGGGUGAAAAACCUGAAUCGUUUGCAAAUCGGGAAGCACGAGGUCGACGCAUGGUAUUUCUCCCCGUAUCCCCAGGAGUACGCGCAUCUGCCUGUCCUUUACAUCUGCGAAUUCUGCCUGUCAUAUUUCGGCUCGGAAUAUAGGCUCGCUCGACAUCGGAAGCGCUGCACGCUAUUACAUCCUCCCGGCAAUGAGAUUUAUCGCUAUGAAGACCUUUCGUUUUUUGAGUUGGACGGGAAGCGGCAGUUAACGUACUGUCGGAAUCUCAGUAUGCUGUCGAAGUGCUUCCUUGACCACAAGACUCUAUAUUACGACGUUACACCCUUCUUGUACUACGUAUUAUGUCAACGGGAUUCAACAGGUUGCCACAUCAUCGGGUAUUUCUCGAAAGAGAAGGAAUCUGCGGACAAUUACAAUGUUGCUUGUAUCCUCACGCUGCCGCAACACCAGCGGCAUGGCUAUGGCAAAUUCCUCAUCGAGUUUUCCUACGAGCUGAGCAAGAAGGAGGGCAAACUCGGCAGCCCCGAGAAGCCGCUUAGUGACCUUGGCCUAUUGGGCUACAGGGCCUAUUGGGCGGAGACAAUUAUAGAGCUCCUGUUCAAUAUUUCAGACGACAUUAGCAUCGAUGAUAUUGCGCAGAAGACUUCAAUCACACACGCCGAUAUCAUGAAUACGUGCACGACCCUUCAGCUGUUCAAGCAUUACAAGGGACAGCACGUUAUCUGUAUUCCGGAGGCGCUGCAAGAGCGUCACAAGAAGGCGAUAGAAAAGCGGAAACGGAGGGUACACUCGGAGUACCUCAUUUGGAAACCUCCGGUCUUUACAAGGGAUCAGCUACGCUUCGGCUGGUAAUUGGACGGCUGUGAGCGCGUAGGGGUAUUUGUGCAUUCUCCGGACGACAUUUGUUGUAUUUUUAUCUUAUCGUCUGCAAUUGUACUGCACGCUGGAAACU